AUGGACUCGACCGACGCUCAGGCGCAGCCGCCGCAAGCAGAACCAUCUACUGCGCCUAUCUCCGAACAGCAGAACGGCGCAUCGGCUGCAGAUGCUACCGAAGGGCCCCCUUUGAAGAAAGCCAAGCUGGACGAACCUGCGGCUUCCAAUGAGGAGAACGCGAACACCGGAGGUCGGCGCUUGAAGGGUAUCGCCGCCAUCAAGCCAGAGUUCCUCAUCCAGCAACUCCCCACCCCCAGGACGGAACCCGAACAAAACGCUGACGACGCCGCGGAGGCCGCCGGCCACGACGAUCGCGACGGAGGAGCCAAGAAGGACAAGAAGGAAAAGAAGAAGAAGAACACCGGCGCAAACAAGGGACGCUCGUUCGGACGAUCGCAGGAUGAAAAGACCCUCUGCCCGAGCCGGUACUCUGCGCCGGAGUUCUCCCCGGGCACGUGUAACUGGGGUGAGAAAUGUCGCCACGAGCAUGACCUACGGACCUACCUGAAGGAACACAAGCGCGAGGACCUCACCACCUUCAACAAUCUCUGUCCUGUCUGGGAUGCAAGGGGCAAGUGUCCUGCCGGGUGGAAGUGCCGGUUUGUUGGCUCUCACAUGACGGAACGUGAGACCGAGGACGGGAAGAAGGAGCUGGUGUUGACUGAGGACGAGGAACGCCAGAAGAAGGCGCAGCCUCUUGUCCCGCAUGCGACGGAAGAUGGUAGCGCGAAUAACGUUCCGGCAGACGUUAAGUAUGCGCUCGCAAGGAAGAAGACCACGACGCCACGGGCCGAUGCUUUCAACACCUGGCUGGACAAGAGUGGUAAAGAGUUGGAAAAAGUUAACCAUGGCCGACACCAGGAUGGGGACGCAAAACCUGAUGACAGCGAGGCGGAGAAGGAACAAAGGGAAGAUAACCGGGCCCAAUACACAGAGCCCCCGUUUCUGCCAUCCGAGAAGCGACGGCUAUACUUUGGACCCGAAACCCCUGCUUUGGCCCCUCUGACGACACAGGGAAAUCUCCCCUUCCGGAGACUGUGCACGGAGCUCGGCGCACAGUUCACCUACUCUGAGAUGGCUAUGAGCAUGCCCUUGGUCCAAGGCCACAAAUCCGAGUGGGCGUUGAUGAGAGCCCAUGAAACGGAGAUGCUUCCCCCGACGGUCUCCAUGAAGGACAACAUUGUGCAGGGCUAUGACAACUCUAAAGAUAUCAGAUUCGGUGCUCAGAUUGCGGCUAACAAACCCUGGCAAGCGUUGAAGGCUACCGAGUUUCUGUCCCGCUACACACCCAACCUGCGCGUCAUCGAUUUGAAUUGCGGCUGUCCGAUUGAUCUUCUGUACCGUGAAGGAGCCGGAUCUGCUCUGUUGGAACAUCCGGCGAAGUUGGAGAAAAUCGUGCGUGGUAUGAAUGCCGUGUCGGAGGAGAUCCCCAUUACCGUCAAGAUUCGCAUGGGAACCAGGGACAAUGCGCCGAACGCCACUAAACUGGUCGAGCGUAUGAUUCUCGGAGGUUACGAAUAUUCGCAGCUGAAUGUUGGCCCUCCGGGCGCUGCAGCCAUCACGCUUCAUGGACGAAGCCGACAGCAAAGAUACACCAGAUCCGCUGACUGGGGCUAUAUUGCCGAAUGUGCCGCUCUCGUCAAGCGCUUAAACGAGAAGACUGAUGAUCUUACGGACACCAUCCGCGAGCCCGACGCGCGGACGCUGCCCAAUGGAGGAAAGACAUUCUUCCUCGGAAAUGGCGAUUGCUACUCGCACCAUGACUACGAUGAGCAUAUCAACAACUCCGGCGUUGACAGUGUCAUGGUCGGCCGAGGAGCUCUGAUCAAGCCCUGGAUCUUCGAGGAGAUCCAGGCGGGCCAGUACCUGGACAAGUCUGCAUCCGAGCGUCUGUCAUUGGUCGAGAAAUUCGCCAAGUACGGUCUGGAGGCAUGGGGAUCUGAUGAAUAUGGCGUUGGCAUCACCAGACGGUUCUUGCUCGAAUGGCUCAGCUUCACCUAUCGCUACGUGCCGAUUGGAAUUCUCGAAUAUCUACCCCCCAACAUCCAGGACCGGCCGCCCAUCUGGAAGGGUCGUAAUGACUUGGAGACGCUCAUGGGCAGCCCCAACUACAAGGACUGGAUCAAAAUUACGUAA